AUGGCGACCAAGGUCUACGUGCUAGACCCCUACCACCCCGACGCCAUCGCCAAACUGCUCUCCUCGCCCAACCUAUCAACCAUCCUACCCACCGACCCAGCCAGAGAACAAUGGCGCGAAGAUGCAGUGGCGCUGGUGAUCCGCUCAGACUCGCGCAUCUCACAGGCUGACAUUGCGGCCGCCAAGCAGCUGAAAUACAUUCUGAAGCAGGGAGUCGGCGUCGACAACAUCGACCUCGACGCCGCCAAGCAGCACAACAUCCAGGUCUUCAACACACCCGCCAUGAACAGCGAAGCCGUCGCCGAACUCGCCCUUGCGCUGAUGCUCUCGCUCGCCCGCCGCGUGCCUGAGCUGGACCGUCGCGCGCGCGCCGGCGAGAAGAUUGUGCGCUCCAAAAUGCUCGGCCGUAGCCUGUUCAAGAAGACCAUUGGCAUUAUCGGCAUGGGCAAUAUCGGCCGCGUGGUGGCGCGCAAGUGGCUCGGUGCAAUGGAGGGCACUGUUAUUGCGUUUGAUCCGUAUGCGCCGGAGGAUACCUGGACGGGCAGUAUUGCGCAUACCAGAGUGCAUCAGCUCGAUGAGUUGUUGGCUACCUCUGACGUGGUCUCGCUGCACGUGCCACUGACUACAUCGACCAGGGGCAUGAUUGGAGCUGAGCAAUUGAAGACGAUGAAGAACGAGGCUAUCCUGCUGAACUGUGCGCGUGGCGGGAUUGUGGAUGAAAAGGCGCUGCUGGAAGCCUUGCGCGCGGAGGAAAUUGCUGGCGCCGGGCUCGAUGCGUCGGAUGUUGAGCCGGCGACGUUGGAGAAGUAUGGUGAUGGGCUGUUGGCUUGUGACAAUGUGAUUAUGACGCCGCAUGUGGGCGCCAGCACAAAGGAGAACCAGAGUGCGAGCGGUGUUGCGGUCGUGGAUACGCUGUUGAAAGUGCUGGGGGGAGAGGAGGUGCCAAAUCGACUCGUGUGA